UGUUUUUUUAAAUUAUAAUUUUGUUUUAAAUGAUUUUGAAAUUGUAUUGUCUUUAAUUAAACAUUUAACAUGUCCUUAAAAGUUUUGAAAUGUACCUGGGCUUCUUACUCUUCCAUUUUAAAAACUAAAGCCUAGUCUAGAGGCGGACCGAAAAUUUUAAUUUUAUUUUCACAUUACGCAGCUUAACCAACGAAAUUGUUACCUAUGCUAAAAUAUUUGGAGAGUUUUCAAUCAUUUGUCGCUCACAUUUAACUGUCCAGGUACCUAUCUUAAAGUUUGUGUUUUGUAUUGUAUAAAAUGUUUAAAAAGUGAUGUUGGUAGAAAAUGUGUGUUAAAUUAAAAAAUUUAAAAUUUACUCAUGUGAAGGAUAUUUUAUCUGAAUUUAUUUUUGUUCAAAAUUAAAAUUUUUAAAAAUAAAAACAAAGUUGUGAAUACUAUUACAAAAAUGUUUGUCCAAAUUGUACCAUCUGCUGAAGGUUUACGCGUAAGAAAAUAUAAAACAAGAUGACCGAAGAACAACAGCAUCACCAAGAAACUUCAGCUUCCCCACAAAGUCAAAGAAAGUCUCCACCAAAGGAUCGCAAGAAUAUAAACGAUCUUCGAAAUCAAGAUUAUGUGAGUCGUCUUUUAGCAGCUACACCACCAUACUUAUAUUCAGCACCAGUUGGGCCAAAUAAUUUUUUCUUCAGUGAUAUGUUAAAAUCUCUUGUUCAAGCCAGAAAUAAUGAAAAUGCCCGUAACCUGCAAAUGCAACAAGCUGCAGUAAUGGCCAGAAGGCCACGGAAACGUUCUUGGAGUCAACACAGACCGUACUAUGAACAGUUAAGGGAACGGAAGGGUCUUGAUGAAAAAAUUCAAAUUCCUGAAAAACCUCUUGAACUUACAAACAAGCAAUUCUUACCUAUGUCAGCUGUAAAGUAUCAUAAAACUGAUACUGCUACAAAGGAAUUGAUUUGCAGUAAGGAAUUGAACGAGUGUGGUUCCCGUGAAGGUCAAACUAUUUUGCAAGAUAGCCCAGCAGCAGCAUCUUUACCUCCACAGGACCUAGUUCUUCCUCCUCCACCUCCUGUUUGGUAUCCACCUAUCUAUCCUCCAUAUGGAAUCGAUCCUCUUCACUUCUUUAUUGACUUACGAGUAUCUGGCCAUAUUUACGACCGAAAGAAGGGAAAUGUUUCACCUUUGGCUAAUGCGGAAAACAAUUCACUUGCAACCGAUUCCGAAGCGCCGGGUAAAUAUAGACAUGGUUCCGCAUUUUCAGUUCCAGUUCCUCGAAGUGAGUCUAAAGGCUCUGCAGCAAUAAACUUGUCUUCAUCUUCUUCUUCUGCAUCGGAAACAUCAAACAAGCUUGAUAACUAUGCAAAGUACUAUGAUUUAGGUGAAACCAAAGAGAAUCUACCCAGUCCAAAAAGCAGUUCUAAUUAUAUGCUUCAAAACCUACCACGGCUCUAUGGUCAAUUUGCAUCAGCUACGAAAGCUCUAAAUGAUGAAAACUCGUAUGAGAACGACAAAUCAGAUCAAGACUGCGAAGAUUCAAUAGAUGAACAUAGUUGUGGAAAUUACAGAGACAAUUCAUCUCAUAUUGAUGUGGAAAUGAUCGAGUCAACAAAAUUUCAGAACGAAGGCAUUACCAGUGCAUGUGCUAGUCCCGAAGAAUCCAAAGAAAACGAUCUCAUUGAUUGAAAAAAAUACAAACAUUUUAUUAAAUAUUAAUACUUAAAAAUAAAACUGACACAAAAAACAA